GAGAGAAGCUUAUAGUUGCAGUAAUAUUUGUGACAAAAUAAUGAUAGUGUAGCAAUGUUUGUUUACGUUUUUUACAAAAAUGUAGAAAGUGGAAGUGGCAAGGGUGACAACUCUUGUGACUAGUUUUGACAAUAAGACCUCUUCAGAGCGACAGGUUGUUGAAGUAGAUUGAAAUAGGUCCUUGUUACGAGGUUAUUGUUGUAGUUACUAAGGAAAUUAUUCCGCUUGAAAAGAAAAAGUAAUGAAAUUGUGUCAGGUUUUUGCUGACCAAAGGUGUUGCUACAGAGACAAAAUUUUAUUGUUAUAAGCAUCAGCAACAGCAACAAAAAGGACGAAAUCUGGAAACUAGAUUUUCUAUAAAAAGAAAAUGUUAAAAAUUUAAAUUGGAGGAGAAUUUCGAUUCUGUUUAUCAGAAAUGAGUAAAACAUUCUCAUUCAGAGUUAGAAGGAUAUUUAAGUCAAUGAAGGUCAGCGUAUGUGGUUGCCAUAGAAACGAAGAUGUGUUGGUUGCCAUGGAUACAGAAAGUAAACCGUACAAUAGAACUUCUUCUGCUUUUGUAGAGGAAAAUAUUAUUGACAUUAGCGCUGAUGAGAAGCUGCGAAGCUUAAGCCACAAGGGACAUAACUCCAGCAAGACCAACUCAAACACUUAUUGCGGAGCUCAGAAUGGUCAGUCUGGCUCACCAGGUGGAGCUCCUUUGACCCCUUCGAGGUCAGAGGCUCCUGAUGUACCACCACCACCUAUACCUCAUGUGACAACCAAUCAGAUUCAGCAGAAUCAGUCACAUGACCCAAAGCCUCAUCAUGAAUCAGCCAAUCAAAUUAGAUCAAGUGUAAUACUAGAAACAACUGAAACUGAAAUUCCUCCACCAAUUUAUCCAAAACCACACAUAAUACAGAUGGCUGAAAGAAGGUUUCAACGUUCAAAUAGGAAGAGUGGAACUCAAGAAGAAAGUGCAUUGUUGAAAAAGAGGUCGCGUAGUGAAGGGCCUCAUGGCCGGAGAAAACUUAGAAAUUCAAUGCACGAGACAUCAAAUAAAGUGAGUCAAAAUAAAUCGACAUCAAAUGGAAGACAUUCGAUGUAUUCGGGACAUUUAUCAGAUGACAAUAAUGUAGAAAUGCUUUCUGGGAGUGAUUCACCAGAUUCUGACAUUGCUGAUCAGAGGUGGACGAAAAAUCCCCUUAUGGUCAGAAAAUCUCGUAAAAGUGACAGAACUUCAAAAACAGACAAAAGAAGGUCUGUUCAUAAUGUUGAAAAUAGAAAUGGUAAUGAGCAAAGUGGACCAAAUUCAUACCAGAUUUCACAAAACAGGGACUUUUUUAUUCAUCCAAGGAAACCCGAUAGUUUACAAGGUCCGAGUCAAAAAGCGAAAUUUCAAAGAAUGGAAGAAAAUCGUAAAAAGCGGAUAGAUAUGGCAGUCACCAGUGACGAAGAGUGUUCACCGCAGUUACGAAUAUCGCGAUUGCGUCAACGGGCAAUGAUGAGUUCUAACUUGGACGAUAAUCAAAGAUACGAAGGAAAUAUAAAUAUUGUGCCUGUUCGGGAUGAAACUUCAGCUAAAGCAUUUCAGGAUUUUCAGAACGGAAUAUCUCAGUUUGAUAAAAGUGGACGGAAUAGAGUUUCUCAAUAUGACGAAAACAGACAGAGUAAAUAUGAUGAAAAUUAUAAUGUAAAUGGUAAAUUCUGUAAUGAAUAUACUAGGCAACAAGGAGUGAAACACAAUAAGUUGCCAAACGUUCUUCCAGAAUUUCUUCCCGAGAACAGAGCUCCGGCAAAUAUGGCAAAUAGAGGUUACCAUAGUACUAAUAUUGAUCAUGUGACUAAAAAUGUUGCCAGUCAGAAUCAAAAUAUACAGUCUGUGCAACCUAAACAAGAAAAGCAAACGCGACAACGUGGAGUAAAAUUGUCAAGUGAAUCGCCAAAGUUACGUAGCUUUAAUGAAGUAAAAGCGAACCAGCCUACACAGUUGAAAAAGGCUGACCAAAAAAUUGAACUUAACCCAAGAUCACCAAAUAGUUCUAGUGACUCGUUAGAUGAUUUGAUUGAAUCAAAUAUACAGUAUCUGGAAAGUGAAAUUGAAAGCGGCAAAUUAAAACGUCAGUCGGGUAAUUAUUCAAACUAUUCGCAGGAAAAAGUUGCACAGAGACAAGUUAUACGAGAACCUUAUAGAACAAAACCAGGGCAAGAUGAAUUUAGGUCAAGGUUGCAAGAUCCGAGAACUUUUGUGUCAAAUAAACUAAUGUCAACAGUAACAAAAGUUGAACCAAAAGUUGUUCAAAAAUCCACAGUGUUUCAGCAAUCAAGUAGUCCCUAUUCUAGUCAGUUUGCAAAUUCUAGACAAACGUCAUCAUCUACGGUUGAACAUAGGAACAAGCCAUAUUCAGGUUCUGCGACAUACAGUCCACACAUGCAAAGAAAAACUUAUGACAUUAAUGAAGAUCUGUCAAAAUCAGACAGUCAUCUGAAUGCAUUAAACACAAACUACGCUCCCACACAGACACCCUUCCAACCAACUAAAAGCUAUGCACCAUAUCCAGUUCUAAAUAAACUAACUGGAAAUAUUACGUACAUUCAACCAGCCGACAAUAUUGAAGAGCAAAUGCAAGCAUCUGAAAAUGGAACGGUCCCGGUUAUUGAUUCUGGAAUGUUUUCUGAUGUUGAAUAUAACAUUGAAGUUUCCGAGAGGAUUAAAAAGUGGGAGAAAAAAUUGACUCCCGGUGAGCUUGAAGAAAGACAUACUGUUUUGAAUACGAUAAAAGAAUAUGAGUCUUUCAGUGAUAGUAAUCAGAAAGAUUCAGUACCUGAUACUCCGGUUGAGGUUCGCAGAGAACUAUGGCAGUUAAUGAGUCCUACAAGUAAUAGUGGUGUCGGAAAAUUAUCGGUUAAUUUAACACGUUCCACCUCUUCUGUAUCAGAUUCUAAUAUGCAAGAGCCGUCAAGUGCCACAUACUUUGAACCGAAAGUUGUUUCCUCAGAAACAAAUUUACAUAGAAUCUUUCGCGUUGUUAAUGAGCCUAAAUCAAGACGGACAGUGGCAAAAUCUGCCAUGAGGGUCAAACCGUCAACUGAGUCAGAUGAUACUAUAAAUGCUCAAAGCAGACACAGAAAACCUGCUGAAGUAUCAACACAUACGCAAAGUUUGAGUAACGUAACAUUAAGUGAAUCUGAAAUUGGGUCAAAUAUGCAGCAGUCAUGGCCCCCCAUGGCUGUUGACUCUGACAGUGGGAUUAGAAAAUCAUGGAGGAUGUCCCGAUAUGAAGAUGAAAUAAAUGAACUGAAAGAACUAGUUUCCGAUAAUUUUCGUGACAUAAGAAAGCGUUUUGAUUCAGAUAUGAGUGAAACAGAUACAAAACGUGCAUCACCAGUAUUCCGGGAGCCACAAAUACAGGUUCCAGUGUCUGUACCAAUAACAGAGCAGACGUCAUCUGGAACCUCAAAAUUAACAUUGAAUAUUCAGCCGGUUACACCAACCAAUUCAAGAUCGCCUGUAACAAUCCGACGUAAACUUUCCGACCAAAGGAAAGAAAAUACCCCACCUGUUUCACCGUGUGUUCCCCUCACACCAAAGAAUGAAAGAAAAGUGCCUAUCUACAGAAAUGUUCCCAUAGAAACCAAGUCAGUCUCAAUUGCUGCCCCACCUCCCCAAAAGCGGGCAACAAUUCCAGAUAUGAAGCAGCCUUCUGCAGCAGACGCAAAAUUAACACCAGAUGUGUGGUCUCCAAACAUGGAAAGCAGAAAAGGACUUGUUAGUAUGGAAAGGGUAAAAGCACGUACACUGCAAACAAUCCCAUUUUCGGAAGAUCCUGUGUGGAAAGAAAUUGAGGGGCUUGCAACUUUCGAAAAACCAGACGACAUUUCAAAGGAAGUGAAUUUUGAUGAAAUUGAUGAACUUUUAAAACUUGCAACUGGUGGAGUGGAUAAUUUAAAAGCCAAAUCAAAACCAAACACAGAGUUUGACAGCCAGAUGAAAAGAUUAACAAGUUCUGAUACUUUCUUAACACCAAGUUCUGCACAACCUAACAAAUUAAUGACUCGGAGCUACACGCCAACCACCCACAUGCAAGUGCCCAAAGAGAAGCACCGUGCAAUGUCCGAUUCAACAUAUCCCCCACCUCAUUCAAACAAACAUAUCUUUACUCCACCAACAAUUCAGCCACUGAAACUUAAUUCAAAACCAAGUAAAAAAUCAAGUACAAGUGCCCUAGAUGAAGUUCUGGAAGAUAUACGCGCAACACUACAGAAGAAACCGUUGAGUCCAAAACUAAUGAAAAACUUGGACACUUCAGAGUCUAAUUCCUCUGCUAAUCCAUCGUUGCAGUCUCCACUGACAAAGUCAUCAAAGUCUUUUAUCUUUCCAAAAGAUAUAAAGAGAGCAAAGACAGAAACUGUGCCAGAAAAUGUUGAUGCUGUAAAAUCCUCCACCGCAACACCAGGGUACGACAACACAAAUGAGUCCUGGAAACCUCCACAAAAUGAAAUUCCACCUCAAGCUCUACAACAGCUUGCCAAUGCGUCUUAUAUUGAUCCAGAGUUUACACAAUUUCCUUACAUUAUCAAUGGAAAUUAUCAUCUGGAUCCAAAAUUGUUAUCUGAAAAGUUAAAAAGCACAGGAUUGGCUCAUGAUUCUUCAGAUGAACUCUUGGCCAAUAGAAAUAAAGCUUUCUCAGACUUACCAGCCAAUCAUCAGGGGUUAAAUGUGAUUAAAACCCAGCCAGCCAAUCAGAUUAACAGACCAGAAACUGUUAACCAAUCAAAUCCAGUCACUCAUGAGCUUGACCAAUCAGUUGAUGACUUAAGAUCUUUAGCACAAGAAGUUGAACACAAGUUGAGUCAAAUAAAAUCACGAAUAGUAUCAGCAGAUGAAGAUAGGUUAGACAGUAUAUUGUUAGCAUUAAGAAAGUUUGCACCAAUGACUGAACAGAAGUUUUUCAAUGUGAAAUUUACACCAAAUUAUGAAUCGGAAAAAGCUAGGAGGAGCAAAUUGGAAGAUGCGUUAUAUGAACUUGAAAAAAUGUAUGAAAGUUUAGAUUUAGACGAUAAAUCAUUGAUGGAACGGGCCUCUAGGAGGGAAGAAAGUAUUGGAUAUGAAAAUAUGCAAGGAAUUAAAAGUAGUACGCAAAAUAGUUCUAAACCAAAUAUUCCUGACAAAUCAGAAUCUGUAGAAAUGCGAAGGGGUGUACCUGAUGGAAGUAAAAUUCUCCGUAGAUCACAGAUUGAUGAAAUUGAAAGACAAACACAAAAUGAAUUUGAAGACAUAACUAAGUCUUUUCAAGUGCUUUUGGAUGAAGUAACAAAACAGUGUCGAACUGUAGCACAGAGGUCAUCAAGAUAUUCUUCCUCAGAUUCGAACUUGUUCUCACCCACUUCAUCCAUUCAGCAAUAUUCCAGUCAGCGGCCACUGGAUGAAAUACGGCAGGAACCACCGAGACAACAGCUUAAGUUAGAAACGCAGUCACAACGUACAGUUCAGGACAGUUACAAUACUGCCAUUAAGGAACUUGAAUCAUUUGCUACAGGAACUACAAAGCCAGCUGGAACUAAAGCAGUCCAGAGUGUAAUGUAUUUAAAUUUGGACAAAUCAAAACCGUCUGUUGAAAAGGCGAAUGAGAAUCAACGAAAUGCUAAUCUAGUUUCACCAACUAGGAACCUUGAUAUACAAAUUCAGUCAAAAACAGUUUUUCCCAAUAAAAAUACAUCUAAUGUAUCAAAAACAUCGACGGGGUCCGGUUCAAGCAAAUUUGUUUCCAUGGCAACUGAAUUUUUUAAACCGGCUGUAGCAAAACCUGUUACAAAAGACACAUCUGGUGGUGAGGUAAAGGGUGUCAAUAAAAGUUCAGUGUCACUGCAAGUGGAAUUGAAUGAUGCAAAGCCACAAGUUCGUGGUGCAGGAAGGUUUCGAAAACGUGGAAAUGCUGAGCACCGGAAAUCUAUGCCAGCAAUAACUAGAAAUGUUGAGACACAGACUGUUGAAACACAAACAGAAUCUCCACCAACUGUUUCAGAAAUGAAAGAAAAGUUUGAACAAUAUCGCAAAGCUUCCCUCCAAGAAAUGUCGAGCGAUAGUUCACCAGAUUUUAAAACGAAUCGUGAAACAAAAAAUAUAGCAUCAGUUGGUGUUGGAAAUGAUGUUGAUCUAAGCUCUAGUGAUGAUGAUGAUGUACCUUUGACAAAGUCUAAAAUGAGGCGUUCAUUAAGUUGUCCUGACAUUGUUGCACUUUUAGAAGAAUUUAAUAGAAAAGAAAAGGAAAAAGAGAAAAAAUUAGCAAAAGUUGAUAAAACAAAUGCAAAGAAAGGGACAAAAAGUACGACUCCAAAAUUGGUAAAACAAAGACAUGAGAAUAAAUUAAGAUUUAGGUCAUUGCAUAAAGAUGAUACUAAAGUGAAACAAGCUGACAUUAGUGCCUCAGUGACGUCUGAUGACGGGUUUGAAACACCUAAGAGUAAACCUCCAGUUUACCCUGUGUGGAAAUAUCCAGGACAAGUAGAAAGUCAGAAAGUUGAAAGUGUAAAAAAAGGUGAACAAAGAAAACACGCUUUUGCAUCUGAAAGGGACUUCACUAAAACUGCUUCAGACACUGAACAAGAUAGAGUGUUUUUAAGAACAAGUGACCAAGGUGCUACGGGAUCAGAUGAAAGAGUGAUUCGCCGACGAUCAAGGUCAUUUGGCGGUGAGCAGCAAGAUCCGGAUGAAAGACCGAAGAGUUUUCAUGAGCUUGUAGCAACAUUUGAACAAAAUCCACAACGGAGAGAAAAAAUACGAACAAGUGGUUUGAGAAAAUGUGUGUCAGAAGAUUCAAUGUUUACGGACUUAAUAUUGCAGAAGAUUUAUCAUUCAGAGUCAGAUCUUUUUACAGACGACAAAGGGCAUAGGCUGUCAGGAUCUGGGUUAAAACUUGCUCUUGAAAUGAAACUUAAAAAUUAAUGGUAACUCAAAUCUAUUUCAUAAUGCCAUAAUAUUUUUAAGUAAACUAGGAAUUAGCUACACAUUUCUUACAGAGUGUACACGUUUUGUUAGUUAUACGUUCCUACAUGUAUCAGUAUUCUGUCUUGUAAUAUUCUGUAUUGUAAUAAUCUUGUUCACUGUCAUGUUUUUAUUUUUUUAUACAUUGAUAGAGAUUAGUGUAAUGGAUGGACUUUAAAAUUUGAAUGUUUCAUAUGAUUUUCAAAAUUUUUCAUACUUUCUGUCCAAAUUCAUUAUGUUCAGAAUUAACAAUGAGACCAUUGUAAAUUAAUUGCUAGAUUUUCAUCCAAAAUUUACUCUGAAAGAGGGAGGGAUUAUCAGGGAGAAUUUUCUUUUUAAUUUUUUUAUUUUAUUUUUCUAAAAUAUAUAUCUGAUUAUAAAAACUGAUUAAAAAGCUGAAAAAUGGCAAAAAAAAAGAAGAGUAGAAGAAAAAUAUGGUAUGCAGAAGACAUUGAUUUAUUCAAAAUUAUGCUAACAUUUUUUUUUUUCUUUGAAGGCAUUAACACAAAGGGCAGGAGGUGACAAGAAUCUAGUAAUUAAUUCAUUAUGGCCUAGGUGAACUUUUGCAGCUGAGAAAAAAUGCAUACUAACAAUUAAUUGAUUUUCCGGCUGUUGCUAAAAUUAGUUCGGCAUGUGGUAAAAGACAUUGUGCAUUGUGGGAAAGCAUAAUUAAUCAGUCAUAACGGAGAUAUUUUUGUUUGGCCUUGACGUAAAGAUGCUGACAUUUUUCCAGAGGAAAAAUUGACUGAAUCUUAUUCCCUGGGAUUUUUUUUUUCAUCUUAAAGGCCUGAUGACAUUUUUUCUUUUGUUUGAUUUUAAAAGCUACGAAAAUGUAAUUUCCAAGGUUCAAUUUUUAAACUGCUGUCAUCUUCCUAAAUGAAAUUUAAUUGCAUUGAAUAUGUAUUAAUUAUUAUACAGCGUACUAGCAGUAUUGAAGAAAAUUGUGAUACGGAAAGAAGUGCAUUCUGGUUUAAUUUGUAGAAAUCCUAGAUUUUACUGAUGUAUGAAAUGCUGAACACUAUAAAAUAUAUGUAUUUGAGACAAAAUCUUGUUGCAAUUGAUACAAAGUGGCCAGUGUUAAUAUUUCAUUUGAAAUUUUUUGUUUAUGUUUGUUCCUACUUACAUAUAUCAGUUUUCUUCAUUAAGAGGGAAGUAACUUCAGAAGGUUGUUUUUACAUUGACAUUUUUUAUUGCCCCCCCCCCAACCCCCCUCCCCCGGCUGAGGCUUAAAAUUUUCUUAUAAAAGGUUUACUGUAUCUAUAUAAAAAUAACCAUGCAGCCAGGGAGCCGGGAGCCAGGCUAGGUUAUUGUAUGACUGUGUAGUUUAUAUGAACUAUAAAGUGAAUAGAUUAUGGUCAAAAUUAUUAUGAUACAUUGCAUUAGAGGCCUUUCUGGCUGAAUGGUUAAGGUGACUGACGUCCCUCACUGCUGUAGGUCUAGAAUUCUUCCUUGUGAGCAAGCCAUCCAGAUGGCUUUCAGAAAUAUUAGGUGUUUUUAGCCAGGUACCUGCCCAUGAUGAAAUAAUGCUGGGGGAGGGGGUAAAUGAGGGGUCUUACUUUGAAAGUCAUCGUGUGACAUGUAAUGCUGCAGUUGUGGCACAAUCAUGUGUAUUGUAAAUAUGGUUAACUAAAAAAUGUGAUGGGCAGCCCAAAUUAUGAUAUUUCAGAUUUGAAAUUCCAAAAUGUCGAGUGCUGUUUCAGUGCGAAUGUAAAAAAUUAAUGGCGUUUAAAAUGUGUUCGCUGGAAAAAUGUCUGGUCCAAAGCAUUUUCAUUUUAGAACAUUUUCAGUUUGAUUUAGUAACUCUCUUUCAGCUAAAGGUCUACAGGCUUAUAUUUACCUGUUUACAUUAUGUUUUAUAAACUCAUAAUCUAAGCAUCUGUUAGAGAGAAUAGAGGAGUAUUUAUAGAUUCAAAACAUUUUUUACAGGUAGUGCUGAUAUUUUGCCAAGGAGGUCUAUGUAACAAGUGUCUACAUAGAUUGUGUGUGAUUUUUUUAGAUGUUUGUAACUCCAAAUUAUUUUAACAGGCCAGUAUUUGUGUAUUUUGUAGCAUUUUGACACCUUAGAAUCUUUAUUCUUUACAAUUAUCUCAUUUAUUUUUUUUACGUCUGCUGUCAGAUUAAAGAAAAGGGAGGUAACUCUUACAGCUUUUUCCUCCUAGAAGACUCCCUUUGUGACAUGCAUGUAUGGAAUCCUGGGAUUGGCAAAAUUAAUUAAUAAAUUUAGAAUAUGACAAAAAACUGUUUCUUUGCAAAGAUGAGUUGACAAACAUGCAAUAAAUAACAAAAGCUGUUGAAAACAAUUAGUAGUAAUGGAGGUCUCUAAUAAUAUCUUCAGUUGGUGGUUGUUUUCGAGAACAGUACUCUAGAAAAGUACAGUGAAAAGAUACUGCAUUACAUUUCUGAGCAAAAUAAAAAUACUGCCAAAGUACAGAUUUUGUGCCAAAUUGUAAAAAUCAUGUGCCAAAAUAUAUUUUUGUCUUUUUUUUUUCAAAAUCAGUUUUAUUUGAUAUCUUGUAUGUUUAUAAAUUUCACUGUGACUCUUCUGCAAAUAGAUGUGCAUUAAUAAAAAUGCAAAUUUUUAAUGUUAUAGGAGGCUUAGACUCAUAAAAGGACGGUUGCCAUUGGCUGUAAUUUCAAAAUUGUGCUAGGAACCAGCCAAUCAUAUGGGUCAAAGUUUUAAAACUUAGAACUUGGAAACCAGUCUCAGAAUGCAAUGUUGUCAUUGGAUACCACAGAACCAGCCAAUCAUAUGCCUUGAGUUUUGUGACUGGUCUCCUAACUCAAAUUUUUUAACCUUGAACUUCGGUAAAUAUAUUUAAUUUCACAUAGAAAUGACCUAGUCCAUUGUAUUUUUUAUUUAUCAUAAUUAAACUAUAUAAGUUAUUUUAAUCAUUAUUUCCUCAUUAUAGGUUGUGAUCAAAUAUAAUAUUGUAGUUAUUGUAUUAUAAUUUAUUUUAAUACCCUAAUAUAUUAUUUAUUACCUGACAGUAUGUUGAAACAUUGGUUUUAAGGCGAUGGACCAAUAAUGAUAAUCAGUAAUUUCUGUUAAUACAUUAUGCAAGUAGCGUUUGAGAAUAGCAGUGGAAUGGAAAUGGCUGAUUAUCAUUAUGGGUGCAGUACCUUAAAAAGAGUGAAUAUACUUCUACAGUGACACCUUAGUAGAGCAGUCCCACUGGGAUGACAGAAAUAUGUUUGCUGCUUUGAUGUUGUUCUGCAGUAAAGUGAAAAAGUGGUCUUUGUUGACAGGUGGUCACACAACACAGGUAAAUUCACACCUGUGUUUCAGUGGGAUGAGAAAAUAGUGGCCUUUAUAAACAGGUUUUAUAGUAGUUGCCUUUAUUCAGAGUUGGUCUUUAUUCACAGGUUACCUUUAUUCAAAGGUGGCCUUUAGCACAGGUUUGACUGUUAAGAAGUUUUGCUUUAGACAGGUUGAUUUAGCGAGACUUAUGCCAAAUGGUAAGUGAAAUAAUUGUCUUUCUAGGGAGGAAUUCGCUCUAUUGAGGUGUUAUUAAUAGAGGUGUAUGACACAUACUUAACUCGGUUAUAGUUGUACAUUAAUAUGGAAUAAUCUUCAUUAAGGUUGUUCUGCAUGUUAGCUAUACUGAAAGUCACUUUUCUGAAAGAAUAAGGCCUGGGUCCAUUGUGCAGGAACAUAAAUUAUAUCAUUUUGACUGAUAAAAUUUUGUAAGUCCAGUCAAAAUCAAGCACAGAAUCCUUUCAUAUUUUAUCAAAAUCCUGAAGUUUUAAAAAAUCAAAGUUUAUUCAAAUUCUACAGUGUGCGAAAAUAUAUGAUCAGGAUGUGCAGAACUACCUUAAAUUAAAAAAAAAAACACACAAAAAAAAAUGGGUUGUUUUUCAGUCCAAGAAUAAUUCUUAUGAUCUAUACAGUUAAGUUUUUUUUUGUUUUGGUGUACAUGUAGUUAUUGAGUGUUUUAUCAUUUUAGUGUAUAAGUAUGUAAGUGUUUUAUGUAAUUUAGUUUCUUAUGUUACUCUUGAGUGAACAGUCGUAUAUUUUGUUAUUACCAAUAUUGUUAAGUGUUAUGUAUAACUAAGUGUUCUGAUAUUUGAGUGUACUUGUGUUUUGCUUUCAUGUUUACGAGUGUUUUAAGUUACUGAGUGUUCUAUUGAAUUAAUUUGAGUGUACAUGUAUUUUGCUUUUAAUUAUAUAAUAAGCUUUUUUGUUUUACCAGGAAUAUUUAUUUUUGUACACCGCUUGAUUAUUGACACAAAGUUUUGUUUGUCAGAUAUUUUUUAAUAUCAGCUCUUUGUUCAUAACUUUGCUACUUGAUUUGUGCAAUAAACAUUAUAUACUGUGCCAAAGAAUAUGUAAAUAGAUUUUAACUUAAAGAAAAUAAGAAUGUACAUUUUUUCGGUUAGGCACCAUUUUGCAAAGGUGCCUAGGGUGCCGCACCAUUUUGCAAAGGUGCCUAGGGUGCCGCACCAUUUUGCAAAGGUGCUUAGGGUGCCAAAUGUAUGACCUAUUAACUUUUUCGACUAAUUUUAGUCUAGGUCAUUGGUUGAUUUCUCUUUUUGUCAUGUUUAUAAUUGAGCCGCGCCAUGAGAAAACCAACAUAGUGGCUUUGCGACCAGCAUGGAUCCAGACCAGCCUGCACAUCCGCGCAAGUCUGGUCAGGAUCCAUGCUGUUCGCUAACAAUUUCUCCAAUUCCAAUAGGUUUUCAAAGCGAACAGCAUGGAUCCUGACCAGACUGCGCAAAUGCGCAGGCUGGUCUGGAUCCAUGCUGGUCGCAAAGCCACUAUGUUGGUUUUCUCAUGGCAGGGCUCAUAUGAUUUGUAUUGAGCUGGAAAGUUUGCUGAUGAAGCCUUUUAUAGGUGUAAAUGGGAUGAAGAUUUAAAGAGCUUUUGUGAACCUGAGAAAAGGGCUAUAAAAAUGAGUUUGGAGACCAGUCUCAGAUUUCCAGCAUUUGAUUGGUUGAUUACAAAUUCAAAAUUGAAAUUGACCAAUGACAGGGAAGCAUUCUGAGACUGGUCUCUACUAGUAAACUAAUUUUGUAUAACUUUGGACCCUGUUCACAUAUUGUAUAGGGUACUUUACACACUGAUAAUAUAUGGUGUACCUUGCACACUGAUAAUGUAUGGUGUAUUUUACACACUGAAAAGGUAUGGACGCGGGCUUAGCGCAAAACGGUUGUAACUUAUAUGAAACAAAGAAGGAGUUACAACCCUUUUGCGCUAAGGCCGCGUGGUGUACUUUACAAACAGAUAAUUUAUGGUGUAUUUUACACACAGAUAAUAUAUCAAAGACAUGUACUUUACACACUGAUAAUGUAUGGUGUAUUUUACACAUAGAUAGUAUAUAUGGUGUACUUUGUACACUGAUAAUGUAUGGUGUAUUUUACACACUGAAAAUGUACAGUGUACUUUACAAACAGAUAAUGUAUGGUGUAUUUUACACACAGGUAAUAUAUCAUGUACUUUACACACUGAUAAUGUAUGGUGUACUUUACACACUGAUAAAAUAUGGUGUAUUUUACACACAGAUAAUAUAUGGUGUGCUUUACACACUGAUAAUGUAUGGUGUAUUUUACAUACAAAUAAUGUAUAGACUACUUUACACACAGAUAAUGUAUGAUGUAUUUUACAGACAUAAUAUAUGGUGUACUUUACACACAGAUAAUGUAUGGUGUAUUUUACACACAGAUAGUAUAUGGUGUACUUUACACACUGAUAAUGUAUAGUGAACUUUACACACUGAUAAUGUAUGGUGUAUUUUAAGAAAGAUGUGCAGGAGACUUGUUUUUGAAUCUGUUACCAGUUAUUGUGCAUGCCUCCGGUUAUCGGAACGUCUUGCGGCAUGCCAAUAACCAGUUAUUGUGCACGCCUCUGGUUAUUGGGACGUCACAUGGCAUGCCAAUAACCAGUUAUUGUGCACACUUCUGGUUAUCGGAACAUCUUGUGGCAUGUCAAUAACCAGUUAUUUUGCACACUUCUGGUUAUUGGGACUUCACAUGGCAUGCCAGUAACCAGUUAUUGUGCACACUUCUGGUUAUCUGAACAUCUUGCAGCAUGCCAAUCACCAGUUAUUGUGCACACUUCUGGUUAUCAGAACAUCAUGUGGCAUGCAAAUAACCAGUUAUUGUGCCACUUCUGGUUAUCUGAACAUCUUGCAGCAUGCCAAUCACCAGUUAUUGUGCACACUUCUGGUUAUCAGAACAUCUUGUGGCAUGCAAAUAACCAGUUAUUGUGCACACUUCUGGUUAUCUGAACAUCUUGCAGCAUGCCAAUCACCAGUUAUUGUGCACACUUCUGGUUAUCGGAACAUCUUGUGGCAUGCCAGUAACCAGUUAUUGUGCACACUUCUGGUUAUCGGAAUGUCUUGCAGCAUGCCAAUAUCCAGCUAUUGUGCACACUUCUGGUUAUUGGAACGUCUUGCAGCAUGCCAAUAUCCAGUUAUUGUGCACACUUCUGGUUGUCGGAACGUCUUGCAGCAUGCCAAUAUCCAGUUAUUGUGCACACUUCUGGUUAUCGGAACGUCUUGCAGCAUGCCAAUAUCCAGUUAUUGUGCACACCUCUGGUUAUCGGUACGUCUUGUGGCAUGCCGAUAACAAGUUUUUAUGCACGCCACUGGUUAUCGGAACAUCUUGCGGCAUGCCAAUAACCAGUUAUUGUACACACUUCUAGGUAUUUUCUAGAGGUACAGGAUUUUGUCCAGUACAGAUUUAUAACUUUUUAUAGUAAGGUAUGUAGGAAGGGUAAAUAUGGAUUGAGAACUUGUAUGUGUUUUGAAAUAGCAAACUCUCAAAUAUUUCACUUUCGAAAACUGCAGUUACGGUAAGCCAUCUGAAAUUGGGGCUUACUUUGUGCAGUGAUCCAGGGACACGUAAAAAUGUGAUUCAAACAUUUGAAGUUUUUAUAUCAUGUGACUUUGUAUAUAAUUAUACUUGGAUAAUAGCUUUUUUCGUAGAUGAAAUUAAUAAGUCGUAAUAUGUCAUAACUAAUUAUGGCCUUUUGUUAUUUAUAUCAAAGUUAUUUUGUAUAGUAUGCCAGCUAGCUAAUGUUGUAUAAAUUUCAUAAAUCGUAGAUUAUUUUAAUGUGUAAUCUAAUAAUGACAAAAUGUAUAUGCAAUGAAGCAAAAUAAAAUAUAAAACUCGA